AAGACCCGUAUCCACCAUUGCAAUCCUGUACCAGAGGCACCCUAAACAACAAAACAAAACUUCAGUUAUUUUCUACGGAACUGUGAGAUUGCUUAAUUAUAAGAACUAUUACGGAUCAACUAGCAGCUUCCAUAGAUUUAAGUAUUUUAUCAUAAUGCAUUCAGCAACACGUUUUUUUUCUCGUGCCCUGAUUUCAUUUUCAUCGAAUCAGUCAAAAAACAUAAGACAUUGUACUACAGCUAUUGAACUUGGUACUGUUGAUUUUGAAGCUGUUAAAAAUGGACUGGAGAAAAAGAGCUUGACAUAUAUAGAUGUUCGGAAUAAGAGUGAAUUACACAAAGAAGGCUCAAUCACAGGAAGUGUCAACAUUCCGUUGCCAGAAGUUGCAGAUGCUUUUGCUUUGGACCCCCAAGACUUUCAUAAGAAAUAUGGUGUUCCGAUGCCUGGAAAAAAUGCAGACAACAUUGUUUUGGGAUGUCUAUUUGCAGUCAGAUCAAACCAAGCUGGACAGUAUCUCCAAAAAAUUGGUUUUAAUGCCAUUCGGAUUUACAGUGGAGGCUUUAAUGAGUGGAAAGCUCAAGGUGGUCCCAUAAGUAAAGCCUAAAAUACAUCUACUGGGAUAAGAUAUUCUAUCCUAUGUGCCCCAUGUGGUAAUAUAAGUUCUUAUACCACGACGUAACAGGAAGUUGUUGUUCCCUGUUACAUCGUGUCUCCUUAUCUUGUUAGAACUCAAAUAUACAGUGGUAUUCAAGAAAA